GGAAGCCCAAGGGGUGCGAGAACGGCGCGGAGUGCCGACACUGCCACCUCUGCCCCGAGGGGGAGAUCCAGGCCCGCCGCAAGAUGAAGCUCACGAUGCUGAGGCAGCAGAAGGGCGGCCCAGACGUCGGCGAGGACGCCUCGCCGUCCCGCUUCGAGAUGCAGCAGCUGGCAGAGAUGGAGAAACAGUACAUCGCCACCUGGGAGAUGAAUAUGGCUGCGUGGGCCGCGUGCGAGGCGGCGCAGUACGGGGAUGGCAACUCCGCGGACAUGUCGCCGUUCUUGGGCUCGAUCAUGGAUCACUCGCCGGCCAUGCUGGAGACGAUCGGCGAGUCGUCUCCAGCGGCCCUCGGCAUGGACGACGAGGAGAUCCGGCUGCACGCCGCCGCGAUGGCCGCGGCGGCCGACGCGCGGAACAGCGGCACCCCGCUGUACGCCGACGGGGGCGAGGACGCCACGCCGUCCCGCCGGGAGGGCGACGAGAAGGGCCUGCGGAGUCCCGCCAUCCUGAACCUCGAUGAGUCCCUCACCGCGACGUCACGGUCCGCCGCGUACGAGCGGUACCCGAUGAUGGACUCGGUCCCUUCGAUGUACUCCAUGAUGGACUCCGCGCCCUCGAUGGUGGAUGCCUCUCUCUCGAUGCCGAUUGUCAACGCCCGGUCCGUGGUGGACCCCAGCACGGUCACCGGGAGCCUCACGGUCACCGACGAGGAGGUGACGCCGGCUGCCGCCUCCUCCGCGUCUUCCUCGGGGCAGAUGCCCUCUCUGGGCUCCACCCUGCACGGCACCGGCACGUGCCGGCCGUGCGCCUGGUUCCACAAGCCGGGCGGUUGCCAGAACGCGCAGAAAUGCGCGCAUUGCCACCUGUGCCCGGAGGGCGAGCUGAAGAACCGCAAGCGUGCAAAGG